AUGUCAACUAAAAGCGCGGUCUGUAAGUCUCCUAAACCAAUGGCGCCUGUCAGUUUCGACGUCUUCAUGUCGGAGAUGGUCUUCAAACAAAAGAAAAUGGGACUUUGUAAAGAGGAAGUCCAAAACGAAGGUGAAAAGAAUUCUUCAAUUCAAAGUCCAGCUCUUGGCAACACACAAGAAAGUAAAAGACCAAAUUCUGUACAGUGUAACACUCCUGUAAAAGAAAACGCUAAAAGAGUCACCGUUCUGCCAAGAUCAAAAUCACACGACUUACAAAACGAAGAAAUCCUCUCAUACAAAUCACCGAAAUCAGAGAAAAUGACAGCCAUGCAAGAUAUGCUGGCUAAACAACUCACUAUGAGUCUUAAUCCACCUCCACUCCCACCAAAAAGCUAUCAAAAAGACAAGAAAGAAAGAGAGAAAGACAAAAAACAGCAAGAGAAAGAAAACGAGAGAUUGAAAGAGCAGAAAGAGAAACUAGAUAAGAAGAAGAAAAGUGACGAGAAAAAAGCGAAGCAAGAAAAAGAGAUUGCAAGUCAAUCACAAUUGAAAGAACGUUCUUUACCAAAUCGUGGAAAGUCAUACUUCCGUGAGAUUAAAUCCGUCCAAUAUGAUGGACUUGGACAACUUCAACGUGAGAUGAGUUUGGAAGGAAUCACUGAACGACUCAGCCCAACGGAUCAUUUCUUGGUAACGAAUACCCCUAAGACCACAACAGAUACUCCUCGGUCAAAGUCAAAGAGUCCAACCCCAAAGAAAGGCGACAAACACAAACUUGAAAGGGAAAGAGAACUGAUGGAACAAAUCAUCACACUCGAAGAAACGGCAAGACGGUUGAGAAAAUUAGUUUCAAAGCAACAACGGACAAUCACAAAUCUCAAAAAGAAACUCAAUAAGGUCGAUUAA